AUGGCCAUGGCAGCUGAUCUGCACUGUGCUGCGCGCAGGCAAACAGGGAGGCUGUCUGCCGGCCCGAGAUCAUGGAAAUGGGACUGCCUCGUCGUGAAACUAACACUGGUGACUCCACCCUUUAUCCCCGCCGCGUACGUCGCGGGCCAGGACCCGUGGGGCAGCAGCAGCGGGUCGGCCGUCGGCACGGCGCUGGGCUUCGCGUGCGAGGCGCUCGGCACCGAGGCUGAGGGCAGCAUCGUGUGCACGGCCGAGCGCAGCAACCAGUGCGCGCUGAAGCCGACGGCCGGGCUUGCCGUUUUUGUACUGACCAAAGAUGUGUGGGUUAGGUUUGGCCUCUCUUUCUUUGGCGGCCUUUUCUCAGGGGAGGACCUCGUUAGGUUUGCCUACGUGUUCGAGCAGGCGACGCAGGUCUGGCGCCAGCGCAGGCCCAUCUACAUUCCUGCGGCCGAACUCCCAGGUGCGAAUUGGAGGGAGGCGGUGUGA